AUGGGGCAAUUUGGUGGCAUCAUAAGUGUAGAGAAUGUGAAGAUGCAUAAGAACCAUUCAUUGGUGUUUACAAAUGAACUUAAUUCGUUCAUAGAAGAUGGCGGAUUUAGUAAAAAUCCUGGUGUGAUUUCAGAAGAGCAAAAAAACGAGGCCUGGUCGCGUAUUCUGGCCGAAUGUGCGGCACGUGGUCAUCACUGGGUGAAAGGCAAGGAUGUGACGUAUUUGAAAAAGUCGAAAUGGCCAGGAAUCAAGAGAGACGCCAUCGAACAUUAUCAAUCUGACAUGAGGGGUGAUGUUUCGCACAGAAAGAAGCUGACGGAAGCCGAUGUCAUCGUUUUAAAAGCCAUAAGCUUCGACACAGAAAAUUUAGGCUCAUUUUCGGAGAAAGAUAGCACGGCCCGUGCUGCGGUUAGUGAACAACGUGACUCUAAUGUCACUCAGCCGGUGACUGUUGAAGUGAAGACUGGGAGACCGCUUGAUUUCCUUGGUUGUGGAAUGGCGUUAACUGAUGAGGUGGAUAAAUUUGACAACGGGUUGUUGUUCAGUCUGUUUCCGAAGAACCAACAGGAAUCCAAGAAAACAACGAUAUGUGCUGCUGAUCAAGAACAGCGUUACACGAAACGGCAGCGUGUUGAUGAUGAUGGACCAAUUGACCACGAUCUCAUGGCUGCACUGGGCUUUGGAAAGAAUCGACAGAAACGCGUCGAUAAUUCUAUAAUUCCUGGACAAGUUCGGAAGUCAACGGAGAGGGAUCAUGGAGAUCCUCAUCAUCUUACAACCGUUGGUGAUUACCUUCGUUCUGUAACUAGCUUGUCAUCGUCCAUGAAAGAUGCUAAUACGGUGGCCAUGCCUUCAGCUGUGACAAUGCCUCAGCCAAUGAAAGUGCCUUCACCUAUGGGAGUACCUUCACCUGUGACAAUGCCUCAACCAAUAAAAGUGCCUUCACCUAUGACAAUGCCUUCUCCGAUGGCAAUGCAUUCACCUAAUGUCACUGAUCGAGUGCCAUCAAUGGAAAACCAGAAAAGUGUGAUGUCACUACAAAAAGUGGCUCCUUUCAACUCCACACCAAUAAUGCCUCCUCCUAAAGAGAUUUGUCGAGAUCUGAAGAAUCUUCAGAAGAAGGCCAUUGAGUCACAGAUUGCAAGAGACGACACGAUGACUAAGUACUACCAAAUGAAGAUGAGGAAACUUGAGUUGGAAAUCGCGCUAUUGCAAAGAAGCAGAACCGAAAAUCAGGGUUUUUGCAGAAAGUUACGUACCCUUGCAAAGUUUGUGGAAAAAGUUGCGCAAAAGGGUGCUGAAUUGUGUAUCAUUCGUCCUUGCAUAAAUUCAGUAGUUCGUACUUUGGAAUUGCGUAACGAUGCUUUUUCUUUGGAUUUGGAGACAGUCUCAGCCGUUAUUAUGUCUAGUACAGAUGAUGAAUCCUACCAGAUCUAG